AUGGGAGAUAUGGAGGCUAGCAAGGAAGAUUACAAGUCUCUCAGCCUUGCAGGGAGCACAGGGAAAGGUGGAUUUAGAGCUACCAUUUUCAUAUAUGGCAUGGUGGCAUUGGAUAACAUGGGAUUCGUAGCAAACAUGGUUAGCUUGGUUCUUUACUUCAUGGCAGUGAUGAACUUUAACGUAGCAAACUCAGCCAACAAUCUGACAAAUUUAAUGGGUGCAACAUUCUUGCUCACCCUUCUUGGUGGUUUUAUUUCGGAUUCUUACUUGAACAGACUUCAUACUGUUCUCAUUUUCGGUUUCCUUGAGAUUGUGGCUUUGAUGUUGAUAACAAUUCAAGCACACUCAAAACACAUGCACCCUCCAGCUUGUGGCAAGCCAAGUUGCGUGAAGGGUGGUAUAGCAUUUAUGUUGUACUUCUCCCUGUAUUUGCUAGCAUUGGGUGCUGGAGGAGUUAGGGGAGCUCUACCUGCACUUGGUGCUGACCAAUUCGAUGAGAAGGACCCAGAAGAAGCCAAGUCUCUUGCAACUUACUUCAAUUGGAUGACGCUUAGCACGGUGAUCGGAGCUGUUGUUGGAGUCACGGGAAUUGUAUUCCUAAGUAUGUUUCACGGCUGGUGGAAGGGGUUUCUGGUAUCAACCCUGGCAAGCUUCCUUGGUUUUGUUAUUCUUGCCGCUGGGAAGCCUUUCUAUCGCCUCCGACAACCUGGAGAAAGUCCCAUUAUGAGGAUCAUACAAGUUGUUGUUUUGGCGUUUCGAAACCGGCAAUUGCCGUUGCCGAAGGCUGAGGAACUCUACGAGAUCAAUGAGAAAGAAACCGUUGCUUAUGAAGGAAAACUGGAGCACACUGAACAAUUCAGGUAG